UGAAAGUUACGGGGUGAUAGAUGGCCAGACUGAGCCAGGAACACAGGUGGAAAGCCUGUACCUGCCGACGAUGGAGGAAUCUGUACACACUGAGAAAAGUAUUUCCAUGGACACCAGCACAGAGGUCGCUGAGGCAGCUCCAGAGACCCUUGCUGAGUCUAAAGAGGCCUGCACUGAGUCUGCUGGAGAUGCUGAACACUGUCCAGUUUAACGCAAAGAGGCAGACAUUUGUGUUCUCCGCCAUCCUGACCAUGGCCCAGAGCUUGCCCACCCGCGUCUUGCAGAAAAAGGGCAAGAAGGUGGACCAGCGAAGCAAGCUGGAGGUCCUUAUGGAAAAAAUGGGAAUCAGGUCCAAGCCUAAAGUCAUUGAUCUGACCCGGAAGGAGGCUACAGUCGAGACCCUGACUGAGACACGGAUACACUGAAAAGGAAGAGAAGGAUUUCUUCCUGCUCCAGUAUCCAGGCCGGACUAUGGUGUUUGCCAACAGUAUUGACUGCAUCAAGCGGCUUAACUCUCUGCUGGUUA